GUAGUAGGAUUCCUUUCCAGGAAAUGCAUUUCCAAGUGUCACUUUCACAACAACAACACCGAAAAUGGCACUUAAACAGGAAAACCCACCUUUCCACUGCAGCUCGGCUUUUAAAAUGAGGAGAGUUUGUUAGUUGGUAUGUUACGCGGAUACUCCAGGUUUUGUGAAACUCUGUAGGAAUGACUCUCGAGGUAGUUGUUCAUCUGUAAUCUGUGUUGGAUGUGAAGUGUCUGGGAAUGGCGCGAGGGAUGCGCUCCCCGAUGGAUGUGAAGUACAGUGCGGUCGGGGAAGGACUCGGGAUGCGGGAGUUUCGGAUCUUUGUGUGGCUCCGCCGGCUGUCGGUGGUCGCGGCGCACAUCGUUUCUCUCGGCCUGGUCGUUCUCACAUCCAUACUGUCCAGACCAGGAACAAGUCUGUUCUCCUGGCAUCCUGUCUGCAUGUCACUCGGGUUUGGUCUGUGUAUGACAGAAGGGAUCCUGCUGUUCUCUGCUGAGGGCAGUCCGUUCUGCUUCAAGUCUCGCAAGUGGAAGGUUCGUCUGCACUGGUUUUUUCAGGCUCUACUGCUCAUCUGCGGAGCCACAGGAUUGGGCUUCAUGGUGGCCAGUAAGAACAUAAAGGAGCAUCAACACUUCAAGUCCUGGCACAGCUACCUGGGGGUCUCCACAAUGGCCACUACGCUUCUGCAAGCCAUCUGCGGGGUCUUGCUGAUCUUCCCUAAACUCAUCAGCACUCGCUCUUUCCCCCGGCUGAGACUUUAUCAUGCUACCUGUGGUCUGGUGGCGUACCUGCUGGCCACCGUCACGCUCAUGUCCGCCAUGUUUACGGACUGGUUUCAGGCCUCGGUGACCGGCACUUUCUGGUACGUCUUCCUGUUCCUGUCGCUGUUUCCUGCUUUAGUGGUGAUGAAUCAAAUCACUAGUGCCUUUCUGCCCAAGAAGAAGAUCACCAGCUGAAGACUCGGUAGAGAUGUCACUGAUCUGCAUCAUGUUUUAAUAUUUAAUAUCAUUUAAUAGGGAUCUGAGGACUCUUUUAUGAAGAGUUAUCCUCGAUGUGAAAGUAUGAUCCUUUUGGAAAUGUUGCAAGAUUUUUUUUUUUGGCAUGUCCAUAUGCACAAAACAUUUCCCACAUGGAUAUAAUUUCAUAUAUAAUAGCAUUUUCUUUUUUUUCUUCAGGAAACCAUAAAAAAAACAGAUUUACUCUCUGGAUUUACUAUUAAUAGUUUGGUUAUAGAGUUUGAGUUAGACAUCAUUUUUGCUUUAUACUUUAAACUACGGAUGACAUUUCUCUCAAAUUUAAGACAAAAAAGUUUAAAUUUACAGCUUUUUUGACAUGAAAUAUGCUUAUUUUCUUCUUCUUUUUAAAAUAAAUCAUUGUAAAUUACAAUUUCAA